CGUGCUCGUCGAGCAGCCAUGAAGGAUCGCACGGCGGAACUGCGGAGUGCUAAAGACAGCGAUGAUGACGAGGAGGUGGUGCAGGUGGAUCGAGACCACUUCAUGGAUGAGUUCUUCGAGCAGGUGGAGGAGAUCCGCAGCUGCAUUGAGAAGUUGUCCGAGGACGUGGAGCAGGUGAAGAAGCAGCACAGCGCCAUCUUGGCCGCGCCCAAUCCUGACGAAAAAACCAAACAGGAGUUGGAGGACCUGACGGCCGACAUCAAGAAGACGGCCAAUAAAGUUCGCUCCAAAUUAAAAGCCAUCGAGCAGAGCAUCGAGCAGGAAGAAGGUCUCAACAGAUCCUCGGCGGACCUCAGGAUCCGCAAGACUCAGCACUCCACGCUGUCCCGCAAGUUUGUGGAGGUGAUGACCGAGUACAACACCACGCAGUCCAAAUACCGAGACCGCUGCAAAGACCGCAUCCAGAGGCAGCUGGAGAUCACCGGACGGACCACCACCAACGAGGAGCUGGAGGACAUGUUGGAGAGUGGCAAGCUGGCCAUCUUCACCGAUGAUAUCAAGAUGGAUUCCCAGAUGACCAAACAGGCCCUGAACGAGAUCGAGACCCGGCACACCGAGAUCAUCAAGUUGGAGAACAGCAUCCGAGAGCUCCACGACAUGUUCGUGGACAUGGCCAUGCUGGUGGAGAGUCAGGGCGAGAUGAUCGACAGAAUCGAGUACAACGUGGAGCACUCCGUGGACUACGUGGAGCGGGCCGUGUCCGACACCAAGAAGGCCGUCAAGUACCAGAGCCAAGCUCGCAAGAAAAAGAUCAUGAUCAUCAUCUGCUGCGUGAUCCUGGGCGUCGUGCUGGCGUCUACCAUCGGCGGGACUUUGGGCUUCUGAGCUUCCGAGACGCCCGUCGCCGUGACGACUGCCUACGGCAGCCCGACGGGAGCCGGAGAGAAAAAAAAAGCCCAAAAACUUGAAUCACAAAUGCAAGAAGAUAACCAAUCAGCAAACGGGACACACUCUGGGUGGGCCGAGGUCCCAAAUUCCCACCAAAAGCAACACCCUCAAAUGCACCACGCUGUCCGUGUAACGCGCGUAAACCAGCUCGCACGCCGCUCGCACGCCGCUCACCUUUUGCUUUGCUUCUUUCUUCUUUGGAGCGUCGCUUUCAUUACCCCCCACCCCACCCCCGGGACGGCGUCGAUGGGCGUCACCCGGCGGGGAACGUCCGGCGGACUUAGUCUGCUGUCUUGCCCCCCCCACGGCAAACACACUUAACGGCUGUGUUCCGAAUCCCCGUCUCUUCGCUAUAUAGCACCCUCUAGUGUGCGUUGGCCACUUUGUCGCAGCGUGUCCCGAGCACAUAGUCGCAGUUCAGCGCUCGCAGUUUCUUUCCGCCAUCUGGUGGCACGUCGGUGAAUUAAGUUGAGCUUUCGACAACAGUCGUCGUCCCCUGCCGCCAUCUUCUGACUUCUGUAGGCAAUACAGUAAACAAAGUUAUGUUCAAUAAUGCAAGACCAGUCGAGCAAUUUCACUUGUGUCAAAUGUUCCAAUGAAGGACUUUGCUCAAUAUCGAUGACGUGACGUCCCACCGGGGAACGAACGGCGCCCGAGCGAGCUUCCAAAAUUAUUGACGGAAUGAUAUAGUCCACGAUCCUUCAAUUGAGAUUUGGAACGCUGGUCUUCAUUCAUCUGGAGAAAUGCAGAAAUUUGUAGUGUGGACCGUCUCGGAUUCCCAACACAGCCAACGUCCCCCAAAAAUUGGUUAUCGAUGUCAGUCAGUCAACACUUUUCACAAAAUCUGGUAGUCAUCCGGGGAGGCAGGUUUCCAUGGCAACACACCGAGGGGAGGGGGGGGGCGGCGGCGGAGUCAGGGGCAGUCAAUCUAUGCAGUCUAGAUCAAAGCGCGACAAGCCCCGCCCCCUGACCGCAGCCCGGCUCGCCUUAAGUCGUUCGGCAUCCGCUCGUUGCUUUUCCGUGACUGGUUUCUGUCGCUUCCCGAUGAUGUCACUUCCCGUCAACGUCGUCGCCGCUUCCUGGCCGAGCGCGCUAGCUUUAGCUUGGCCAAUCUUACAUCUUGCAGGCAGUUGAGGAAAGAAAUCUUUGGUGUCCUCCAGCAAUUCGCAACGUUUGUGGCCUUGUUUUUUGUUUCUUUUCUUUUCUUGACUCAGUCCAAGCUCCGUUCGACAGACAGAUGCGACUUCUGCACGCUGGAAAGGUGUUGUGAUGGUAAAAGUGCCAUUAGCGUUGUUAGCGUAGCCUUUACUCGUUCAUUCAUUUCCCAAGCCACUUAUCCUCACGAGGGCCGCAGCAACGCCGGAGCCUGUCCGACGGGCAGGAGGCGGGGUACACCCUGAACCGGUCGCCAGCCAAUCGCAGGGCACACGGAGACACUCGCAAUCACGCCGACGGGACAACAAACGCGUGUUUUUGGGAUGUGGGAGGAAAGCGGACUGCCUAGAGAAAACCCGCGCAGACCACACGGACGGAGGCCGGGACUCGAACCCCGGUCCUCCGAACCGCGAGGCCAAGCGCUCCGACCAGUUGUGCCGUCGGCAAACACCAAAUCGUUGCGCUUAAGCGAUGCUGAGGCCCGCCUGACUGCUGCUGCUAGCAAAGCGCUACAAACAGCGCUCAGCCUUCAAGCAAUAACGUCGGCCGGCGAGCGCGUCAGCGUCGGACGCUAACAGGAAGUGAGAGCCGGCGGCUUUUUCUUCAAUGACGUCGCGUCGUGUUGUACUUAGCUCUGUGACCUUGUGGCAAAGGAAACGAAACAAAGCGCUCGUAGCGUCUAAAACCAACUUGGGUGCGCACCAAAGUCUCGUCGCCUUGAAAGCGUACGCUGACGCUACCGUCGGCCAAUCGCGUCACUCCUUUUCCACGGCUGUCGCUCAAGUCAGACACGCGAGAAUGCGGAAUCUCUUUUCCAGUGACGACAUCUUACAGUAGCGAUUUUUUUUUGUUCAAAAUGUUCAGCGAGACUAGACAAGACAACGCCAUCUUAUUUUCAAGAUCUUAUCGGCAAUUAAUACGAGUUCCAUUGGGAGGUUGACAAGAUGGCUGCCGCCCCCCCCCCCACAACAAAAGUACUGGAAGGUCUUUUCACGUCAGUAACAAUUUGCGUUGUUGCAGUAUUUUAGGACCGGGACGCGCUCGGCUCGUUCCCGACGAGUUCUGUAGUGAAUGAGCGAAGGAUUCCGAACACAAGCUUGAUGUUGGGAGUGUUGGGAAAACAACACCCCCCCCCACCCUAAAUUCAAAAAGUCACAAAUAAUUUAGCAUGCAAAAGCGCUGCGGAGUUUUGCAUGACGACGUUUUCGUAUCCUGACCUGCCGCCACGUUGUGCACUUUACGGCUCAUCGGCCGUCAGCCGGAUUCUUUCCAAGAUCUCCCGUGGUGCCCCCC